AUGACCACCGCGGCCAGACCAACUUGGGCACCUGCUAAAGGUGGAAAUGAACAAGGCGGUACUCGAAUUUUCGGUCAUUCCCAGAAGUACUCCUCAAGAGACAUAGCCUCACACACCACUCUCAAACCCAGGAAAGACGGUCAGGAUACACAAGAUGAAUUGAAGAGAAGAAACCUACGCGAUGAACUGGAUGAACGUGAAAUGAGACACUUCUCAUCAAAAAACAAGUUUUAUAAUGAUGACAAAGAUCAUGGAAAGGGUAAUCAUCUAUUUCUUGAAGGAACAAAAAGAGAUUUCGAAGACCACAUUGUUCCAUGCAGUGUUGAUGCAGAUGAUUCGGAUGUUGAAGUCAACAGCGAUGACGAAAGGUUUGAGAAUUUUGCGUACUCUUCAUGUAAACAAGAUUAA